AUGACGAUAAACUCUUCCCAUUUUUCAAAUUUCAUUCUUGCUGCUUACUUCGACUCUGGGCUUUUAAAAUAUCUGUUUUUCUUGAUUGUCAUGUCAUUAUAUGUUCUAAUGCUCAUGUCCAAUGUGUUUCUGAUUAAGGUUAUCUGUGGGAACAGGAGCUUACAUGAACCCAUGUACAUUUUUCUGUGCAGUCUGUUUGUUAAUGAACUCUAUGGUAGUACAGCAGUGUUUCCAUUUCUACUGGUUCACAUCCUCAGAGACGUUCACACUGUUCCUACUUCACUGUGUUUCCUGCAGAUUUUUUGUGGUCAUUCAUAUGCACUUAUGGAGGUUUUAACUUUGACCGUCAUGUCAUAUGACCGAUACCUGGCCAUCUGUCAUCCUCUGCAGUAUCACACACGUAUGACCAGAAACAGGAUCGCCACAUUAAUCGCUGUGCCGUGGUUUUACAGUUUUCUGAUCUGUUUUGUCAUGAUUUCUCUAAGCUCGUCUUUGCAUCUGUGUGGAAACAUCAUUGAUAAAGUGCUCUGUGAUAACUACCCGAUUAUCAAACUGGCCUGUUCUGACACCACUGUACUUAAUAUUUAUGGACUUAUUAUUACUUUCACCAGUGUUUUACUUCCUGUCAUGUUAAUCCUCUACUCGUACAUGAGGAUCCUUAAAGUGUGUUUUUCUGGAUCUAAACAGACCAGACAUAAAGCUGUCAGUACCUGCACACCUCACCUGGCUUCACUGUUAAACUUUACUCUCGGGGCCAGUUUUGAGGUCAUUCAGAGCAGGUUUAAUAUGAGCCGAGUUCCCAAUAUGUUGAGAAUAUUUUUAUCCUUAUAUUUUCUCACAUGUCAGCCGCUGUUUAACCCUUUAAUGUACGGACUGAACAUCUCUAAAAUCAGGACCCUCUGUAAACAGUUGCUCUUCACUAAAAUGUAA